GGGAGGAAUAGUGCCCCAUCGUUGGUGUCAGUGGGGGGGAGGAAUAGUGCCCCAUCGUUGGUGUCAGUGGGGGGGAGGAAUAGUGCCCCAUCGUUGGUGUCAGUGGGGGGGAGGAAUAGUGCCCCAUCGUUGGUGUCAGUGGGGGGGAGGAAUAGUGCCCCAUCGUUGGUGUCAGUGGGGGGGAGGAAUAGUGCCCCAUCGUUGGUGUCAUGGGGGGGAGUAAUAGUGCCCCAUCGUUGGUGUCAGUGGGGGGGAGGAGUAGUGCCCCAUCGUUGGUGUCAGUGGGGGGGAGGAAAUAGUGCCCCAUCG